GUCCUCGACACGUGUCCUAUGUUGGGAACCUUUCAGAUCUACCAACAGAACGGCAAGGGCGGUUACCACGCGGCCGUGCGCGCGAUCGCGGAGGUCUUAGACCAUGGACGCGGAUUCGGAUGCAGCGCGGCGCAAAUGUUGCUGAGCGUCCUGAAUCGCACCACCAGUGGUUUCAUGGCCUUUGAAGAGGUUUUGAAGCUCCUGGAGGCGGACGUCGUGGUCAUCUCCCCCGAAAGCGCCUCCGCGCGGCCGCUGGAGCUGUCCAUCGUGGGCGGCAUGGCCUUGGGACGUGCGCACACGCGCUACGCGGUGCAUCGCGCGGACGCGUCGGGGCAGCUGCUGUCGGUGGAUGCCUUCGUCUGUUUUCGCGUGGAGGGCGAGAAACUACAGCAGCUGGUGGAGCAGGUGGAGCUUAAGGUCGCGUGCAACAUCUUGAUUUACAAGUCUCCGGCGAAAUCGGGCUGAGCAAAGACCUCGUGUUUUUGCCCAGAGAUGGUGGC